AAAGCCUUCAUCACUGAAGCCAAUACUUCAAUUCCUCUCUUCAGGAGAAAAAGAAAAAUGGCACUGUCUUCUGAUUCCAUAUCUUUACCAAAAUAUAUGAUACUUUCCCUUUCAAUGAUCAUAGCUUGCUUCAUAACCCCGUCAGCUGGAAAUUUCUACAAAGACGUUAACGUUAACUGGGGCGACGGGCGUGGCAAAAUCGUCGAAGGUGGGAGGGGUUUAACCUUGUUGCUCGACCAAUAUUCGGGCUCUGGUUUCCAGUCCAAGAAUGAGUAUUUAUUCGGAAGAUUCGACAUGCAGCUCAGGCUCAUCCCUGGAAACUCUGCUGGAACUGUCACUACAUUCUUCUUGGCGUCUCAAGGAUCGGCACACGAUGAAAUCGACUUCGAGUUCUUGGGGAACUCCUCCGGGGAACCCUACACAGUGCACACUAACGUUUAUGCGCAGGGAAAAGGAGACAAAGAGCAACAGUUCCGUCUCUGGUUCGAUCCCUCUGCAGCAUUCCACACCUACUCUAUCGUCUGGAAUCCUCGACGCAUCAUAUUCUUGGUGGACAACAUUCCAAUUAGAGUAUUCCACAACCACGGAGGAGUCCCCUUUCCGACAAGUCAGCCCAUGAGAGUACACUGCAGCCUGUGGAAUGCAGAUGACUGGGCAACACAGGGCGGACGGGUCAAAACAGACUGGACCAAGGCUCCAUUUGUAGCCUACUACAGGAACUUCAAGAUCAACGCGUGCGUAAGCGGGUCGAUAGGCGGAUCCUGCGGAUCUACAUCGGCAGAUAGUUUCGGUGACGAGGAAUGGCAAACCCAGGAACUUGAUUCCAAAGGCAGAAACAGGUUGAGAUGGGUUCACCAGAAGCAUAUGAUCUACAAUUACUGCGGUGAUAUGCCCAGGUUCCCUCAGGGCAUUCCACCCGAGUGCAAGCGCUCCAGAUUUUAAUAACCUGAUUCAUCUCUUUUACGGGAUUGUCGGUCCUUAAAUCAGAUGCUUGUGACAAAGAAUUUGCGGUGUGUUCGUGGGGACUAUUCUUUAUUAUUUCUUUCUUUUGUUCAUUUUGUUACCAUUUGUCCAUUAAUAAAUUUCUUAUAUUACUGCUGAUUAUUGAUAUUUUACUUUUGAGACAGUUGAUUUACUA